CCGCUCCCGGCAGCUGUGGGUGCCUGUGGGACACCCCCCGCCCCACUCCCCGGACCGUGGCGGCGCGGGUGCUCCGGGGGCCGAGGCCCGCCGUUGAAGUUCGGCGUGAGGAGUGUGAGGAGCGGCGCCGGGGCAGGGGUGAGCGGGGCCGGGCUCCCCGAGCGCGGCGCCGACUGAAGCGAGCUGGGACGCUCGAGGGGCCGGCGGGCGCCGUGUAAUGUUCAAGCUCAGAAAUGCCUUAUGUGGAUCGUCAGAAUCGCAUUUGUGGUUUUCUAGACAUUGAAGAAAAUGAAAACAGUGGGAAAUUUCUUCGGAGGUACUUCAUACUGGAUACCAGAGAAGAUAGUUUUGUAUGGUACAUGGAUAAUCCACAGAACCUACCUUCUGGAUCAUCACGUGUUGGCGCCAUUAAACUUACCUACAUUUCAAAGGUUAGCGAUGCAACUAAACUAAGGCCAAAGGCUGAGUUCUGUUUUGUUAUGAAUGCAGGGAUGAGGAAAUAUUUCCUACAAGCCAAUGAUCAGCAGGACCUAGUAGAAUGGGUGAAUGUGUUGAACAAAGCUAUUAAAAUUACAGUCCCAAAGCCGUUAGACUCACAGCCUCAUCCUGAUAACCCAAGUCGCCAAGGCGAAUGUGGAAAGAAGCAGGUCUCUUACAGAACUGACAUUGUUGGUGGUGUGCCCAUCAUUACCCCAACUCAGAAAGAAGAAGUAAAUGAAUGUGGUGAAACUAUUGACAGAAAUAAUUUGAAGCGGUCACAAAGCCAUCUUCCUUACUUCACUCCUAAACCACCUUCAGAUAGCGCAGUUAUCAAAGCUGGAUAUUGUGUAAAACAAGGAGCAGUGAUGAAAAACUGGAAGAGAAGAUAUUUUCAAUUGGAUGAAAACACAAUAGGCUACUUCAAAUCUGAACUGGAAAAGGAACCUCUCCGUGUAAUACCACUUAAGGAGGUUCAUAAAGUCCAGGAAUGUAAGCAAAGUGACAUAAUGAUGAGAGACAACCUCUUUGAAAUUGUAACAUCGUCUCGAACUUUCUAUGUGCAGGCUGAUAGCCCUGAAGAGAUGCACAGUUGGAUUAAAGCAGUCUCGGGUGCCAUUGUAGCACAGCGGGGACCCGGCAGAUCAGCGUCUUCUAUGCGGCAGGCCAGAAGGCUGUCGAACCCUUGUAUACAGAGGUAUACGUCAAGAACUGGGGAAUGCAGCACGAGCAUUCCAACAGUCCUUCCGAGCCCAAACACGCUCUCCGCUCUGCCAGUGCCGCAGCAGCCACCCCACAUUCCGCAGCCUCUCGCAGCAACUCUUUGGUCUCAAGCUUUCCCAUGGAGAAGCGAGGAUUUUACGAAUCUCUUGCCAAGGUCAAGCCAGGGAACUUCAAGGUCCAGACUGUCUCUCCAAGAGAACCAACUUCCAAAGUGACUGAACAAGCUCUGCUAAAACCUCGAAGUAAAAAUGGCCCUCAGGAACAAGAUUGUGACCCCGUGGACUUGGAUGACGCAAGCCUUCCAGUCAGUGACGUGUGAGGUGGAAGCUCGUGGAGCCUGACCCGCCUCAUCAGCCCGCGGUGUCCUUUUCACAAGGCUUCUCGCCAAAGAUGAUAAAGGGGAAGUGGGUUUUAACGCAUAGAGUAUCCUGCCUCGUCGGUGUCCUCUUUAUAAGCUGGUAAGCCAAGGAGCUAGCAAGUGGCCAAACUAAAUGUAAUUUCUUUAAAAGAAAGAAAAAAGCCCUGUUAGUAUCAACUGUCUGAAGCUUUGUUCUCAUUGGGAUGAUAACAGUGUGUGUGUAUGUGUGUGUGUGUGUGUGUGAGACACUUUUUCCUAGUGAAUUUGACAAUUUAACCGCUUCACAAUUUAAAACACGAAAAAUGCUUAUUAAUUACUUUGGUUGUUUUAAAAAAGCUACUGUGACUUCCUAUUAGAUGUUCAGUCUCUACACAUUCUUACUGGUUAAUAUUAUUGAUUGAAAUAUUGUCAGACAAAGAUGUCUAAACUCAUGACGUCUGUGGUGCUGUAAAAUUUAUACUACAGUGUGGACAGUUUUGAAACGAUAACCAUUUUUGAUGCUCUGGAUCUCAAGGUGAGCAGUGCAUUUUGAUUAGAGGGUAUUAUUGAACUGUUAGUGAGGGUUGUGGGUUGUACUGUUGGAGAAAAGGGGAGAAUUAGAAUUCAGACAGGUAUAUCGUGGACAUUUGUUUGUAAAAUCUUAGUCAAGAUGUGCAGCACAGUCAUUGCUUUUAUUCAGUGAAAAUUAUUUGGUAUGAAAUUUCUUGGAGGUCUGAUUUUCUUGUCAAAAUUUUAUAAAUAGUUCUUCUAUAUUUGAAUCAGUGGAAGACCUCGUUUAUAUGUAAAGAUACUGCCCUUAGUCAUGUGGUUGUAGCCUCUGCUUUUUGUCACUAGUAUCCUGUAUCCAAGUGUUCAUCUUGUUUAGGAAUGUUUUGAGAUUAAUGUGCUCAAAAGUCCUAUGUGAUUGGUUUUAAACAAUUAGGAUAAAAUUAAUUUUUAGUAGCAUAAGUUAAUGUGCUAAAUAGCAUACCAUUUUGUGUUAGAGAUACCAGAAUGUUGUUAUUUUACUAUCUGCAAUACAUGUUUUAAGCACAAAUUUGAGUAUACAUUUAAUCAUGGCUUUGUCAAAAAUACAAGCUUCUCUCAAAAACGUCGUUAGUUUCAGGUGUUGAAUAAUAGACCAGUUUGACCAAGUACUGUUUCUACGGUUCAGUCUUAAACAUUCGCUUUAAGAAAGUAGUCUUGAAUUUCAUAUGCUGCUAUUUUUUAUGAUAUUUUGCCAUAUUACAGUACUGUUUUGUUUUGAAUUCAUACAUGUCACUGUUUCUCCUUUUCAUUUUCUCGGAUGACUUUUUGUUUGAGAGCGAGAAAGUGGGAGUGGAUUUCUUAAAUCAGAGUGGAGUCCAGAGGUUACUAUCUGUUACACUAGAAUUAUCAUAGCAUCAGUUUAAAAAUCCAAAUGCAUAAAGAAUGCACCACUCAACAUUUUUAUUCAUAAGCUAUUAUUUUUGAAACUUAUAUUUAGAUUUUUCUUCUUUUUUGCAGCUACAUUUGAAAAUGAUAGAAUGAAAAGGUUUUAAGUUGUUAUUUUCUCUGCAGAUGCAUCCAUUUCGUUGGCUCUUUUAGAAAGCUCUUUUCUCAUGAGCACACCUAAGAAAUCUUGUGCAGACAGUUGGUGAUAUUCAGGAGCUGAAUAUUCAGGAGCCUAAUGCUGUUUUCUUUGGUACAGCUUCCACACUGCAUGUUCAUUUUAAUAUUUUGGUAUUGGUAAUUUGAUAUAUUUCAUAGUGGCAAAAUAUUAGCUCUAUUUUGGGACUUUUUAUAGAACUACCCUUGCAUUCAAUAGCAUAGGAAAAUGUUCUUGUGAUUGUCAGGGUCUUCUAAUAUUUAUCUCAAUACUUUUAUAAUUCUAUGAAAAUUAUUUAAUUAUUUUAAAACAUAUACUUUUCUUGUAAAUAUGUCACAUCCGAAUUGUCAAAGAAUUACUUUGAAUACCUUAAUAUUUGCUGCAUUUUUUUCUGUAUAUAUAACAUGUCGUCUCUCAGAAUGGGAAUAUAUGUGUGCUUCCCGAUGUUUACUUUUAUGUCUGGUAUCUUUAUACAUCAAACUGGUUAAACACUGUAAUGCUUCAAAAUAAACUCAGAAUUAAUUCUAACUUA